AAAUACCUCCAUCUAAAUAUGCUUGAAUUUGAGUCAACCUGAGGAAGUUCAUGCUGCUUCAAGGGAAGAUCAAGGCAGUAAGUUUGUGUUGUGCUGUGUCCUGUAGGAAUUCUGUUCAGUAAGUACUUCUCUGAGCUUUGUAAGUAUGUUCUCUACUGUUGCUGUGUAACUAGAUUUGUAACUAAAAAAUUGUAAGACUUUAGGCACCCCAAGUGUUAAUAAUACAACUGAGUCACAAGAAUUUUCAUGGAAUAAUUUUAAUGUAUCUCAGGUAGUUAGAUGUACAUAGGAUAUUUUUCAUUCACUUGAACUUCAGUUUCAACAGUUGAAAUGGACAGUGAUGGAUGCUUCAUAUCUUUGCUAAUGAAAAAUCAGAGUGAGCUUUACUGCCCAAAGGAUCUUGACUUAGUCCUAGCAUGAAGUUGUUCUUUUGCUGCAUUGGGCAUCGAAAAUACACCUUUUGUCUAAUAACAGGAAUAAGGAUCCACAUCUUCUUUUCCCUUCUGGCAUGGACUUACAGCAUGACAUGGUUUGCUGUGUGUACUUCGUUCAUCUUGGAAGCCAGAGAACAACCCCUGUGCCUACAGUUAAGCCUCUUUUUGAAUACACAGGUUGGGGAUGGAGAUAAAGUCAACAGGGAAGUGCCAAGUAUCACUGCCAAUCAAGAUUUCUGUUUCAUCUCUUUAUUACAUCUAGAUUUAAAUUCACAGAUAGAGAAAAUAUUUCCAUUAAUCCUGCUGCUAGGUAAGAUGUAUCCUACCAAAGUUUCACACAACUGUGAGAGAAGUUCACUUUUGAAGACUAGUGUUAAGAAUUUCUUUCCUGGUUCUCUUCAGUGAAGAACACUCCUCUCUACUUGAGGCGUUUCGUUGAUCGAGUACAAUUUAUCCACAUUGUCUAGAGUCUUACUGAUAAUUUUGCCAGGUAACAGUAAGGGAUACCAUCCUAUUUAGGUCUGAUGUGGAGAAAAUAUUAAUUGCUUUUCUGAAAAGGAAUGUAAAUUAGGUACAAAUUAAGCCUGGCCCUUUUUUGGCUCCUAGCCCAGCCACCAACUACAAAGGGGCAGGAAGGGCGGAAGGGUGUGAGCACACGUGUGCAUUCCUGUCUGCAAGCACCAGAUGCUCUUGUGUCACUAAUUGUCCAGCCAAGACAAGACUCACCAUCUCACUUGGACAGGAGGGACUGGGAGAAAACUGACAUCCAGGAUUCUACCAAGGCCACAAUGCAAGAAGAAUCUACAGAAGAGCUCCACAGCAGCCACCCAUGUGAGAGCAAACUAAAUGAGCAUGCUGGAGUACUGGUUAACAGGAGCAGAAAGGCAAUGGUGACAGGAGGUGGAGGCCACCUGGGAUACAAUCUGGGAUGUGCUCUUGUCAGGUCAGGAAUUGCUGUUGUUCUGUUUGAUGUACAGAAACCUAAAUGGGAAAUUCCAAAUGGAGCAGAUUUUUUCAAGGGUGAUGUGAGGGAUUAUGAUGCGUUAUUCAAAGCAUGUGAAGGGGUUGACUGUGUUUUUCAUGUGGCUGCGUGUGGAAUGUCAGGAUUAGAACAGCUUCAAAUGAAAGACCGGAUUGAAUCCAUAAAUGUCGGAGGCACAAAAAUCAUAAUUGAUGUCUGCAAGGAAAGAAAUAUCCCUAGACUGAUAUAUACCAGUACAGUGAAUGUGGUAUUUGGAGGAAAUCCUAUUGAAGAAGGAGAUGAAGAAAGUGUGCCAUAUUUUCCACUGGAAAAGCAAUUUAAUCAUUAUUCUAGAACAAAGGCAAUGGCAGACCAAAUGGUUCUUGCUGCUAAUGGAACUUUACUCAAAGGAGGGGACAAGCUCCACACAUGUGUGCUCCGUCCUCCGGGCAUCUACGGGCCAGAGGAGCCCCACCACCUGCCUCGAGCAGCUGGAAGUAUCCAACGGAGACUAUUUAGCUUCAAGUUUGGGAAUCACAAAGUUCAGAUGAACUGGGUUCACAUAGGAAAUCUAGUACAAGCUCACUUACUGGCUGCUGAGGCUCUCACCUCUGAGAAGGGUUAUGUAGCUAGUGGCCAGGCAUACUACAUCCAUGAUGGUGAAAAUGUCACCUUUUCUGAGUGGAUCACCCCUCUGUUUGAAAAAUUAGGCUACAGGAAACCCUGGAUACGUAUUCCUGUUCUCCUUGUUCAUAUAGCAGCCACUGUGAUGGAGUAUCUUCACCUGAGACUAAAGCCAGUUUUUAACUUUACACCUUUCUUGACAAGGAGUGAGGUGUGGAACAUGACUGUAACUCACACUUUCCGAAUAGACAAGGCACGAAACCAGCUUGGUUACAGGCCACAGAAAUUCUCACUUGCUGAUUCUGUGGAUCAUUAUCUUAAAACAAGACCUACUUGCCAAGAAGAUUACACGUUCCCUAAAAGAAUGCUGUUUGCUUUUGGCAUUAUGUUAAGUUUGAUCAUUCUUACUUUCUUCUAAAAUUGAAUACUACCCACCUGAUCCAGAAAGCCUAAUUUUGUUUCUGAGUAUUAAUGAUCUGGUCAUAGAACAUUCCUCGGUCACUAGGGACUUUGUUGUCCUUAUGAUGAAGAUGAGAUCUCUCUGAUUUCAUUUAAAACAAAAAACCCACAGAAGGAAAACACAGGAUACAUCAGGGAAUGUUCCCAAAGGACAAUGCAGUUUCACAGAAUCAAAGGAGUUCAUCACUAACAGUUGCAGGAAAAGUUUUAAAGGAUCUUUAUUAACUGAUUGCUUCAUACUGAGAAUGAUUUUCUAAAAAUGGUAAUUCAGGAGGGUAAGAAACUGGAAGAAGAGGAACCAUUGUAGGACUGCAUGGAGUGCUGUGACAAGUCCAGUAGCUCCAAUGAAGAAAAAGUUGACUAAACAAUUCCUCUGAUGAAACCACUGCUGCAGCUACUGUAUGUUAGUGUAAGCAGUUAUGAAGACCAGGGCAAUAGUACAAAAAAUGUGACAAGUAAGUAUUUAUAAAUAACUGGAAGUCUUAUUUAUGUAAAAUAGUUUCAUUGUUCAAAAGCUUUGUAAAAAUGUAAUAAGUAACAUUG